GUCGUGGACCACCAGCUUGACAUUCCCAAACGCACUGGCCUGAUACUCGGUGAACACAGGACGCGCGACCGUGCUGGCCGCAUUCAGCAACAAGCUGCUCUCGUCCCCCGAGACCAGAGGGCUUCUCCCCAGGAAGUGCGGGGGACAGCGCACGGCGAGGAUGGGCACCAGCCCCCGUCCCUGGGGCGCACGGCACGCGCUGGAGAGAGACAAUAGCAGGACGGCGGCGCUUACGUACAUGAUCUCAAAUCCAAGGGCAGGGCGGCGACUCGGAGAAAAGCAGCGGCUUACGGCCUCGUGGGGCCCCCGGGCGGCGAGUUCACCCGCAAUCUGCUCAUCCCCGGCCGCGUCCCUCUCGCGCGCCUCCACCCCUGCGGGGCCGACGCAGAGCGGGGCCGGGGCCGCGCCAGCCAGCGAGCGAGCCGGACACCAGGGCGGGCUAGCGGGUGGGGGGCAAGCUGCUGCUACUCAGGGACUGCCCGGGAACAUCGCCGGGCGCGGGACCGCAGCGCAGCCCCGAGUGGACGCAGCUGACCGCAGUACCCUCUCCGCCGCGCCUCCUCGGCUGGCAGCUAUCGCCUCCUGCUGCUGCUGCCGCUGCUCCUCCUCCUCCUCUAGGCAGAGAAGGGGGGUCGGGGAGAUCGGGGCCUCCGCCCCCUCGGCGGACCGGGCUCAGCACGUGCCGGCCCCAGGGGUCAGGCGGACACGGGGAACGCGCUCCCCGCUGAGGCCCCGGAGCUCCCGCGGCGGCGGCCGGACACAAAGGAGUGGCCCGCGCGGGGCGCCGCGGAAUAUAAAUUAAUAAAUACAACGCCCCAGCCCGAGAGCUUCCGACCGCCAAUCCGCCUGCAGCAAGUUUGUUCAACUCGCAAGGCCGUAACCAGAGCCAGGAAAGGGGGGUGGGGCGAUGGGGCCCCCGCUCACUCCAGACUGGAAAAAGGAGGUUAGGGAAGCUAGGGAUUCCAGCACGAGUGCCGCCCCAGCAACCCGAUUUCCCCCCCUCUUGGCUUUGACCGAAAGUGCUUUACCACGACUGCCGCUUUGUCAUUUGUCAACAUGCGCUACAGCUGUUUUCUAAAAUCAUACUUGUGAGAAAAAAUAAA